AUGAAUUUUUUCAGUAAAGAGAAGGACCUUCGUCCCAAGGUCCGUGAAAUGCAAUCCAGGUUGCGUCGUGAGCAGCGUAAAUUGGACCGAGAAAUCGAGACCAUACAACAAAAAUCAAAACAAUGUGAAGUGGAUGUGAAGAAAUACGCCAAAUCGGGUAAUAUCGAUGCUGCCAAAAUUCUGGCCAAGGAGAUUGGAGCAGCUCGCAAGUCAGUCAACAGGCUCUAUCAAGCGAAGGCUCAGUUAAACUCUGUCAUCAUGGAACUAGAAAACCAGGUAUCUAUGGCGAAAAUGGCUAGUGCCCUCAAUAAAAGCACCGGCAUAAUUCAAGCAAUGUCAAAGCUUGUUAAGCUUCCAGAACUCCAAACUACAAUGCGCAACAUGUCAAAAGAGAUGAUGAAACUAGGAUUGGUGAAUGAAAUGGUUGAUGAGUCCAUAGACUCGACUCUAGAGCAGCCCGAGGAGAUGGAAGAAAUGGCCCAGGCAGAAGUCGAUAAAAUUCUCUUUGAAUUGACCAAUGGCGCCAUGGGCAAGGCUCCGGACGCUAUAACGGACACCUUACCUGCUGGAACCCGCCUACCCGCAGGGGGUUCUGGUGCUGUUGAAGAUGAGGAUGAUCUUGAGGAAAUGCGCGCACGCCUCGAGGCGAUUCGUUGA